AUGUGCACUUCCUCCAAAUCGUACAACACCAAGUUGUUCAACUCCAUUGCGGACUUUCUGACAUUACACACAAUAGAGAUUAGAAAGUCGAUUUUGGAUCAUGAUGAUGUGGUCAGUUCAUAUGCUAGGGAAUUUGCGAACUAUAAAAUCGCUUCUGAAUCAUCCAGUAUAAUCUGUGAAUACCUCAAUCGACUCUUACUAAAAAACAAAAACGAUGACAAACGUCAAACUGUAGGAGACAGUAGAUACAAAAGGCAAACUAUUCAUGCGCUCACAUUUUCAAAACCCAUCUCUAAGUUGGCUUACUUGAUAUGGAAAGAACGAGUUGUCUACGAUAUCAAGCAUAAUCAUUCGGAUCGGCUCAUGUAUCAGAUAUUUGAGAGCAUACGAAGAGACAGGGAUGGGGAAGAGCAAGUUCCUGACGUCGUCGCGGAAGUUAUCAGAUCAUUUGUCGAACUUAAUUUCUUAACUGAGAAUCCAUUAAAAUUGUACGUCGAGGAAUUCGAAGAACCGUACUUGGAAAAGACGCGACAAUAUUAUGAAAGAGAAUCCGCUUUAGUAAUAGCAAAUGGCAACAUUUCGCAAUACAUGAAGUCGGCAUGUAAAAGAUUAGAACAAGAAGUGGCGCGUAACAAAAAAUAUUGUAACGAGUCAUCACAUAGUACUAUUAUCAAAGAAUGCGAAACCCAAUACGUAGCCGUGCAUCAAUCACGAAUACAUUCUGAAUUCGAGUCCAUGAUAUCAAACGAAAGAUUUGAAGAUUGUACCAUGGCCUACAACCUCUUAUCACGUAUUCCCAGUGGAGUUAACCAAUUAUUGGAAAUAUUUGAAAAAUACAUAACGAAUAUUGGACAGGAAUUGAUUGCUCGAAUGGGAAAUUCAAUAGCCAAGGAUCCUAGAGAAUAUGUGGAGUCACUCAUGGAUCAUCACACGGAAUAUAUGAAUCUCUGUCAGAAAGUAUUUGACAAUGAUCCAGCAUUUGUCGCGGCAGUUGAUAAAGCCUUUAGAACGAUUGUAAAUGAUACGAACACCAAUCCUCUGGCACAUGCUCCCGAGGCCUCUUGUGGCGUGGAAUAUACCAGUAAAUUGCAGAAGAUGUUUACAGACAUCACAAUUAGUACGGACAUCAAUAAUAGCUUUGCCGAUUACAUGAAAAAAAAUGUUGUGAAUGCGGAUGUGAAGUUGAAUUACCUUGAUAAACGCUAUGAGUUCUCGGUAUCACUUCAUCAACUCGGUGUCUUACUUUUGUUCAACAACGCUGAUUCCUAUUCUUUUAAAGAUAUAAGGGAUCAUACUGGACUGAAUGAUCAAGAAUUAAAGAGGGUUAUGAAGCCUAUGAUUGAUUUAUCGGUUUUCCUUGUAAUCCCAAACGGUAUUCUUCAAGAUGAUGCAGAGAUAAAGUUGAACAUGGACUUUACAAAUAAACGAAAUAAAAUAAAGAUCAGUUCCUCCUUGCAGACUGAAACACCACAGGAAAAUGAUGCCACACGAAAAGCUGUCGACGAAGAUCGAAAACUAUAUCUGCAG